ACACACCUGCUGUCACAUAAAGCAUGAAAAAAGGGCUGUGAAUCAUUCCGGACGAUGCAACAAUUAUCACAUUAUUUUUUCAUUUAUGGUACUAUGUGUGUAAUUUAAUAUAAGACAUUUUGAAAUCAUUCUGUGCACCCUUGCCUGUCCACCAUGACGUUCAAGAUCCCUCGCUGCGCAGUUGUAUCACAUUGAUGUAGAGGGCAACAAAUGCAAGGCGACAUUUUCUUUUUUUUUUCUUUUACUGUCAAUUUGCUCUCGGCACCUCCGAGAGAAGAAGGGAAGCUUGUUGGCAUGUAGCACGUUUGGCUAGCGUUGGCAGGACGGAGCGGUCUCGCCUAACAACACGGCGCUGAGUUGCAGCGUGGAAGAAAGCAAAGGUCGCCUGUAAAAUCUUGUUUUUUGGUGGAGGAACUAACGCGGUCCGAACGCUAGGCGACAGGCCGCGUAUGGAGCCUGGGACCUCGCGUGAAACUCGGACCGACGCAGGAUGCCAUAAACGGGCGGACAUGCGAGAGAACACGCCGGGGGAGGAGGCGAAAGGCGGGAAUGGCGGCACGGUGAUGCUCAGGCGAAGAGGCAGAGACGAAGCUGUAAAAUUGAAGGAUGAGAAAUGUGAAUAUGGGGGAGAGGUUGAGGACCAGGUGAAACGUGAUGGUGAGGAUUUUGGUAAAUACGAGGAGGAGCUGGACCCGAGAAUUCAGCUGCCGUCGACUCCCCUGAGACACUGCGCUUCAAGACACCCGUGGACACACCCUUCCGACUAUCAGGAGGAACUGGAACACCUCAACCAGGCCAGCGAUGAGAUCAACAAGCUUGAGCUUCAGUUGGAUGAUGCAAGGUCCAGCUACAGGAAGAUUCUCACAGAUUCUGCCAGGAAGCUGAAUGCUCAGGGUUCCCAGCUGGGUGCUUGCAUUGAAAAAGCGAGGCCUUACUACGAAGCACGCAGGUUGGCCAAAGAGGCACAACAGGAGACCCAGAAAGCUGCUCUCAGGUAUGAGAGGGCAGUGUCCAUGCACACUGCUGCCAGAGAGAUGGUGUAUGUAGCAGAGCAAGGACUGUUGGCUGACAGGAACACAAUGGACCCUACCUGGCAAGAGAUGCUCAACCAUGCUACAGCUAAGGUUAACGAGGCUGAGGAGGAACGCUUUCGGAGUGAGCGAGAACACCAGCGGGUCACGCAGCUCUGCCAAGAGGCCGAGGCACGAGUGCAAACUCUCCAAAAAUCUCUAAAGAAGGUCAUCCUCAAGUCCAAACCCUACUUUGAGCUAAAGGCGCAAUUUAACCACAUUCUGGAGGAACAUAAGGCCAAAGUUGUGCAACUGGAGGAGCAUGUGUCAAAAGUGAAAACGCGUUAUUCUGUGGCUCUGCGAAACCUUGAACAGAUCAGUGAGCAGAUCCAUGCCCAGAGAGGGCGAAUCCAAGUCAGCAGGGGGCGACCAUCUGUAUGCGGUGGACGGAGUUCUCCGGUUGGCGCUGAAGCUGAUAUCAGAGUUGCUGUCGGAGUUCCGCUACAUAGCGUUGUGGGAGCAAGUGGGAUAGAGAGCAACUGGGUUGACAAUGAAAAAACUAGGCUGUGGGUGGAGAAGCACCGGGAGAGCGGUUGGGGCCACAGGGAACAGCUGGAGGGGGAGCAUGGCGGUUCAGACCGAUUGUCCAUCAUCAGUCUGCAGACCAUUGUUUCGGACCUGGAGAAAUGCGACUCGGUUGAUCACCUCGGUGACCUCAGCGAUGUUGGCAGUGUGAUUGGGGAGGUGUGGGACUGGAGUAAGAAGAAUACGUCCAAGCCUGGCAAUGUGGUGGAAGUGGCAGACAGACUCCAGCAGGUUACGACCCACCAGCAGAUAGCAGCUGAUGGCGAAAAGAAGCAGGAGAGCUUCAUCAAGCAGCACCACAGAAGUGUCAGUGUCUAAUGUUUGGACAAAGCUGUUGAAUGAUUAGGAUGAACUUAUUAGUAACUUGAGUGUGGACAAGACAACAACAACAAAGUUACUAUCCAUUAGUUAACUUCGGGAUUUUUCCAAUACCUAUUUUUUCAGUAAAACUGUGUCUUAAAGACCAUUUGCAAUUUACAGUUACCGUAUUUCUCUGCAAGCACUCUUUUGUUUUAAAUUAAUUUUUCGCGGCAAAUGUUUGUAUUCAAGUAGAUGUCACUAUGCUAUGGACAAAAUAUUAAUACAUUGCAUGUAAAACUUACCACUGCACGCAGGCAUCCGCAGCCUUCAAAAAGGAAAAAUACAGAAAGAAGAUCAUUCAACACAGGAAAAAAAAGAGUCAGAGUGAAUUAUGGACAGUAGAGUAAGAAUAAUGGAAACCAUUGGAGACCAUGAAUGGGGACAUACCUGUACAUGUGGCUGAGCAGUUAAUGCUUGACUGAAGGUGCGCUGACCAGAGAGCAGGCUUGAUGGUAUACAGUACAUACCGUAGAGCAGUGGUCCCCAACCACCGGGCCGCGGUCCGGUACUGGGCCGUGGCCCGAUUGGUACCGGGCCGCAGAAGAAUUUUUUAUAUAAAAAUUAUUAUUUUUUAUUAUUUUUUAAUUAAAUCAACAUAAAAGACACAAUAUACACUUACAAAUAGUGCACCAACCACAAAAAACUCCCUUUUUCAUGACAAAAACGCCCCUUUUUCAUGACAAAGAAGAAAGAAAAAAAAAGGACAACCCCACCUUCUACCAACCUUGUCACGUCCGUUCUGUCCUUGAGCAAGACACUUCACCCUUGCUCCUGAUUAGUCCUGGUUAGCGCCUUGCAUGGCAGCUCCCGCCAUCAGUGUGUAAAUGUGUGUGUGAAUGGGUGAAUGUGGAAAUACUGUCAAAGCGCUUUGAUUACCCUGAAGGUAGAAAAAAAAAGCGCGAUACCAGUAUAAGCCAUUUACCAUAAAGAAAUUACUCCUCAAAAUGACUGAUGUACACACUAGAGACAUAUGAACAGACCUUUGUAUGUGCAAUUAUAAAAAUAGAUAUAGAAGCUUAGAAAAAGUGGUGCAAAAAACACUUAAAAUUAUUUGCAUGUUAAAAAACGUCAAAAAACGGUUCAACCACAAUGUGUAGGGUCUGCUCUGCAACACAGCACCAAGAGGACAUCAAACGUGACUUAAAUAGAGAAAAUUUAAGUAAUUAAGUGACUGUAUGUGCACCAGAGGAAGGAUCAGUAUUUUUUUAAAGAAGAGAAUUACACUUCCAGUGUGUCCAGUUUCUGGCAAGUUUUACUGGGACCCACUGCGGGAUUUUUCCAGCCAGAGGCCUGCAAAGGCACAGCAAGCUGUGUUUCUGAGCAAGAGCCUCAAUCACGUCCCCUAUGCAGAAAAAUCCUCCCAACCCUAUUAGUAAUAUAUUAUUGUGUGCAAAUAAAUACAUUUUAUAUAGUAAGAGAUUUAUGAGGCUAAAACAUGCCAACAGAUUUUAGAGACGUGAUGUCACAACAGACAAUAGCAACCACUCUAAGAAAGGCUGAAGUGACAACCGAAACUAAGAUUUAUCUCUUACUCUCUAAAAACUAUUUGUCAGUACCCAAGAAUAUUUUACCAAUGUUAAUGAGCGGCAUAGCUCGGUUGGUAGAGUGGCCGUGCCAGCAACUCGAGGGUUGCAGGUUCAAUUCCCGCUUCCGCCAUCCUAGUCACUGCCGUUGUGUCCUUGGGCAAGACACUUUACCCACCUGCUCCCAGUGCCACCCACACUGGAUUAAAUGUAAUUUAGAUAUUGGGUUUCACUAUGUAAAACGCUUUGAGUCACUUGAGAAAAGCGCUACAUAUAUAUAAUUCACUUCACAAUUCACUUCACUUAAAAAAGAUGUGACAAUGAUUGCAAUCAAUUUAUCCUUACAGCGUAACCUGCAUCUAGGGACCCUAGCACCUGCACAAACUUCACAUUCUUUGGAAUAUUUACCUAUUGUUCACAAUCAAUAUGAAAGACAUGACAUCAAAUGUAUUAUUAUUUUUUAAGCAUUCUAACUUGUAAAUAAAAGUCCGCUUACAGUAGAGCAAAUGGGAGGUUCUCUAUUCUGCCCAUAAAACCCAAUAAAUAACCAUUCAAAAACAGACAAAAAUAUUACAUUUACAUUUUGUGACAUGAAUAUUAACCAAGUAUUAGUGAUAUUGUUAUUAUAACCGCUAACACAGACAAACCAUUUAAGGCGCCAACCUGAUCAAGACCUUUGGUGACAUGAUCUACUGAUGAGCUGCUUCCUCGUUUCCUUGCUCGUCAAACGUUAUUCUAGGUCAUAAAUCAUUCCUCUCUACUUGACAGUAGAAGAAUGAGCACGCCUUGGUACACUUUGACAGCUCAAUUUAGACCCAAGAAUGGCGAGUACUACAUGCUUGGUUCCACCUUUUCGUGUAAAUGGGAAUAUAUGAACAUCCUAGCAGUUGGCAUCGUAAUGACAGCAGACUUUAUACCGUAGGUCAGGGGUAGGGAACCUAUGGCUCUACAGCCAGAUGUGGCUCUUUUGAUGACUGCAUCAGGCGCUCAGAUAAAUCUUGGCUGUCAUUGCUUAACAUGAUAAGUGAUGAAUAAUUCCGCUGGUAAUCACAGUGUUUAAAAUAAUGUUCAAAAUGUAAAACAUUCUCAUACAUUUUAAUCCAUCCAUCUGUUUUCUACCGCACCUGUUCAAAAAGUCGCAUUAAUGGUAAGAAGCAUUUUAUUUAUCAUCAGUGAUAAAUGUUAUCACUGAUGAUAAAUGUUAUUAAAAAUAAUAGGAAACUUAUGUUAAUAUCAGUCACUUCAUUUCUGUUUGUGCUUCUUUGUUUUGUAUUUACUUCCCAUUAGUGCUCUUAUUUUGUUUCCAUUUCCUGCUUGUCCUGCUGAGUGCUGUGUUUUCUUCCCCUCACCUGCUGUUGAUUGGCAGCCGGUCCACACCUGCUGCCAAUCAGCAUGUUUCUAUUUAUGCUUGUCUUGCAUGCUCCUCAGGGCUCGAAGAUUGAAUAUUGUUUAGAACUGUACAUGCAAGACUGCUUCAUUCUCCUCUGUUGAUGAUAUUAAAAGCAUCUUACCUGCU